UGAGAGAAAAAGAGAGAUUAUUUAUGUCAUAGUAAAAGAUAACGAAGAGAGAAAAAAAUUUCUUUUUUUAAAUUAAUACUUACAUAGAUUAUUUAUGAUUAUUAUUACUAACAAAAAAUUUGUGGAGAAAAGAUGAGAAUCUUUUAAUCUCGCCAUCAGAUUGAAGCCAUUGUUGCAAUUUUAGAAUUUUUAGGAAUUCUAGGUCUGCACAAUUCCAGCCCCCAUCCCGUGUUUGAGACUCUGAGGAGGAUUGAGUGAGAGAGAAAAUAAUGCUAAGCAGGAGUGGGGAAGAAGGUGAAUGGGUGUUGUUAGAGCUGCCGCUGGCGGCGGAAUUCGAUCUGGAGAAGACGGUGUGCAGUCAUGGCCUGUUCAUGAUGCCACCCAACCACUGGGACCCUCUCUCCAAGACCUUCUCCCGCCCUUUGCGCUUCUCACUCUAUGAUGACGACGAAGAUGAUGAUGAUUCCUCGGUCAUGGUUCGCAUCUCCCACCCCAUUGACAGCCCUCACUCGCUCCAUGUCCGCGUUCGAAUCGCUGGCUCUCUUUCCCCCAAACAGCAGCAAACCAUCAUGGCUCAGGUGGCCAGGAUGCUGCGGUUGUCCGAUGUGGACGAGACAGCCGCGAGAGAGUUUCGAAGCAAGGUGAAGACAGUUUCAUCGACGGAAACAGACUGUUUAAAGAGAUUUGGUGGCCGAAUUUUCAGGUCUCCAACCUUGUUCGAGGACAUGGUCAAAUGCAUUCUCCUCUGCAACUGCCAGUGGCCAAGGACUUUGAGCAUGGCUAGAGCUUUAUGCAAGCUUCAGUUAGAACUGCAGAAUCGUUCAUUCAGUGUAUCUGUCAAUGGAGCUGCAAAUGCAAAGUCCAGGAGACCAGAAACCAGGGAUGAACAUUUCAUUCCAAAGACGCCUGCAGCAAAAGAGUUGAAGAGAAAGUAUGGGGGGUCCAAAGUUUCUAUUAAUUUAACAAGCAAGUAUGUGGAGACUAAAGCAGACUUGGAAGCCGAUACACAUUUGAGCAUGGAACAUGGCCAAAUGACAAUAGAAGAUACGAUUUUGAGCCCGACUCUCAGUCCAAGCAGUAGAGAAGGAAAUUCAUUUAAAGAAUGCAACAUCUGUGACACUUCAAGUAAGUUAAAUAGCCUUGAUUUGUAUUUGGGACAACGUUGUAGUUGUGGCAAUGAAGAAGGUAUAGGAAACUUUCCAAGUGCAAGAGAACUAGCGAGCCUAGAUGAGAGCUUUCUAGCUGAGCGCUGCAACCUUGGCUAUAGAGCAGGUCGUGUCUUGAACCUUGCACGGGGUAUUUUUGAUGGUAGAAUUAAAUUAAAACAACUUGAAGAAGUUGGCGGAAGAGCCAACUUAUCAGCCUACGAUAAGUUAGCAGAACAGCUAAGAGAAAUAGAUGGAUUUGGUCCUUUUACGUGCGCUAAUGUGCUGAUGUGUUUGGGCUAUUACCAUGUAAUUCCAACUGAUUCUGAAACUGUGAGGCAUCUAAAGCAGGUGCAUUCAAGAAAAUCCACUAUUCAAACAGUUCAAAAGGAUGUUGAAGCAAUCUAUGGAAAGUAUGCUCCAUUUCAGUUCUUGGCAUACUGGGCUGAAGUGUGGCACUUCUACGAGCAAUGGUUUGGUAAGCCAAGCAAAAUGCUUUGCUCUGAUUAUAAGCUUAUAACUGCUAGUAAUAUGAAGAUAAAAAAGAGAGUCAAGACAAACAGAACCAAGACAUCAUGAAGUGGCAUCCUGCCUUUGUUCUGCUAUUGUAAGUUAUCUAUGUUUGAAUUCUCUUAUUCCUUUUGAAGGUUGUAGAUUGUGACCGCAUCAUUUCCUGAAUCCCCAUUGGUAAGUUAUCUAUGUUUGAAUUCU